AACAGAGCUGCAGGGCAGACGCGUGUGGCCUGUACGCCUUAUAUUUUUUUUUGUUGCUAUUCAGAAGAAUAUAUAUUUACCAAUACGCGACGCGUCAAACAAGUGUUUGUGUGUGUAUUUUGUUGCUGUGCUUAUUCAAAUAUUAAUGCGCGCAAGUGCAUUUGAUAAUAGACAGCGUCCCUGCCCUUCAGACAGCUCCACAAUUAUACUUAAAAUAUAACCACACACGAAUUAAGUGCGCUGCUGUUUCGCCAAAUUGAAAAAGGGUGCUAACGCUAUGUGGAGUCCAACACAUUGCAGUGUAACUGUUCAGCGUGCGCGAGGUCUUCUGACAAAAGGCAAGAAUGGCACCAACAACUGUUUCGUCACAAUUGCCCUGGGCAAGGAGAAGUACCAGACAUCAGUCAAGGACAAGGCCGAGGCAACCGUCAACUGGAAUGAGGAGUGCGAACUCAAAAUUCCGGACCAGGGCAAUCGGGCGGAACUGACGCUGACUUGCUUGCACCGCAAUAAUCUGGGCAUCGAUGAGUUUCUCGGGCAGGCGACGCUGCCACUCAAGGACAUGGACGUCUAUGACAGGCCGCGCGCCAAGUGGUUAAAGCUGGAGAGCAAGCCGGGCAAGGAGAAGAAGAACAAAGAGCGCGGCGAACUGGAGGUGCGCAUCGCGUUCGUUGUCAAAUCCGGAUCGCUAACAGAUCUUAGCAAGAAGGACAAGCAUAAGUCUUCCAUUGGGCAGCUGGCCAGUUCUGUGGGCGGCAGCCUGCUCUCCAUUGGCCAGGGCGAGAAGCGCAAGAGCAUCAAGAAGCUGGCUGGCUCGCUCAGCUCAAAGCUGCACAUACGCAGCAAGAAGAAGCAUGCCGAUGGCGAUGACAGCGGCUCGUUUAGCGGUUCCUUUGCCAGCAUCGGCACCCCGAACAGCUCCUCGGGCCUGGGCGGCAUUGGCGGCGGCAGCGGACGCAGGCGCGGCCAACGUGCCGGCGAAGCUGAUCCGGGUGUAAUAAGCGAGGACGAGGACGAGUUUGUGUUCGACAAUCUGUCCCACAAGAGCUCUGGCAGCUCGCUGAACAUCCAGCGCUCCGGCCUGCAGCCGCCUUCAUCUGGUGGUGGCGCCAACAAUUUCGCUCCGCGCAACCCGUCGCCGCUGCUGAGCAACGGAAACGGUGGUGGUGGCCCGAAGGGAAAACUCAACGGAGGUAAGCCCAUAUUGCAAGAGACACUCGAUGAGGAUCCAAUCGUUGCGGAGAUGGAACAGCUUGAGCUCGAUUUCAGCGUUCGUGCGCGCACUCUGCCACCUCCCUCAAAGCCGCCGCGCACGCCGCAGACACAGCAAGAGCUGGAGUCGGAACGCGAUCGUGAACGGGAACGGGAACGCGAAGGUGAUGGGCAAACACAAGUGGAGGCAUCUCCAAUCCAGGUGGAUGAAUGGGAGUCCAAGUUGUAUGGUGGCGGCAAGUAUUUAGAGAUUGGCAGCAGCGAUUCUUUGAAGCGUCGCAGCUGGGAGACGCGCGUACCGUUGCCGGCAACCAGCGAGGAGCCGCCACCGGUGCCAUCGGCAAGCUCCUCCUCUAGUUCCUCAGACACUGAGGAGGAAGAGGAAGAGGAGCCGGAGCCGGAGCAGCCGCAGCCGCCAAAGACAGCACCGCCACCGCCAUUGCCUUCAGAUGAUAGAAGCAGCAAGAGCGGCAACUCGCUCUUCGCGCCAGAUGUCGAGCCGCGUAACUUUGAUGCACUCAAUGCAAGCUUCGCCAAGUUUGAGCAACGCAACAGCACCGCAAUCUUUGCAGAUGAAAAGCUGGCUCCUGAGCCGGCCGCGCCCAGAUCGUAUCCGAUGGCCGAGCCGCCACAGCCGUUGCCAAGUGUGAGACCCACUCCACAGCCGCGCGGCACAACAAGUGAGCAGCUGAAGGCCGAGACGGCGGCACUGGCUAAGGCAGAGGCUGCUGCCGAAGAGGAAGCUGCACGUCAGCGACGCGCAGAAGAAGAUGCGCGCCUGGAGGCCGAGCUGCGUCUGAACGAGCAGCGGCUGCGCGAAGAGGAGGCAGCGCUGCAACAGGAGCUGGAAUUACAGCAGGAGGAGCAGCGGCGGCGCGAUGCCAAGCGUCGUGAGGAGGAUCAAAGACUCUUGAGCUUUGCCAAGCGCUCCACCUCCCUGGAGGAGCCGCAAUCAAAAACGCAGUCCAUUGCCGAGGAUCAAACCGUGGCCGUUGCCAUGGCCAUGGCCGUGGCUGUCGCCGAUGUAGAUCCAAGCAUAGAGCACAACUUGUUAACGCCCGAGCAAUCGCCCAAGGAGUUCAGCAGCAUUGGCGGCGGCGUCGGCAGCGGCGUCGGCAGCGGCAGCGGCAGCGGUGAACGCUGGGAGAAGCGACUGGGCAAAUUUAAAUACGGCAAUAAGCGAGACAAACAGAACGAUACGGAUAGCAACUCGCCCAGCCCCAAGUCCACGGAGCGCAUUAUUAUUGGCCACGAAAAGUCUGGUUCGCAUGCGGAACGCCGCUCCGAGAUCUCCGCACAAUUGGCCAAAAAAUACGAGGGAAAGUCACGGGAGGAGCUGAUGCUGAUCGCCAACGGCAUGGAGAAUGAGGCAUUGUUGCAACGCCAGCGCGUCAAAGAGUUGGAGGACUAUCUGGAUAAUUUGCUGUUGCGCGUAAUGGAAACGCAUCCUAAAAUCUUGCAGAAUCCCUAUUCGCGAACCACAUCGGCCAAAAGUUAUAAAAAUUACAUCAAUAUGAAUGACUUUUUAAACGGUUAAGUGUGACAGCAGCCAAACCAUGUUCACAGCAAGCAGCUUAUUGUCGGAGAAGCAUACAGGGGAGAAGCUGAUCCGCGCGAACGUUCAAAAUGUAACAUGUAACAUAGAAACAAAAAGAACACCAAGUUGCCUUUGUCAUUAGAGAAAUUCAAGUGCUUUCUUAUUGUAUUUUUAGCAUUACAUUUACACACACUUUAACAACUCUUAGAUAUUAAGCUAUUAUAAAUAUAUAUAUAUUUUAUUUUAUUUUUUUUUGUUUGCUAAACGGAUGACUACUAAAACAAAAAGGCCCAACAAAUUUGUGGUUAACUUUUUCUGUGUGUAUUGUUUAACGUGUAACAUGAUAUUCGGUUUUUCAUUUGCCCUGUGUUAAUAUUUGAACGAAACUAAAUGAAAUGAAAUUAUUUGUAAAAUGUAAAUUAUUGUCAACAAUUUGCUAAACUGUUUUGCUAGACAAUUAGACAAUUGUAAUGUUUUGUUUCGAUUCAACUGAUUAAUUGAAAUUAUCCAAAAGUAUUUUUUAUUUGCAUUUUAAAAUGUGUCUUGUUUUAUGCGAAGAGUCCUGCAAUAUCGGCUACGAUUGCAACUAUUUAUAGUUAAGUAAAUCUUAAAUUAUUUAUGUAUUAGACAAUUAAGUGAAAAUUGAGCAAUAAGCGAGGAGAGAACUACAUACAGUUAUACAUAUGUUGAUAAAUGAUUUUACUUAUUAAACAACAAAUAAAAAACACUUAACAUUGAUAUUCAAA